AUGACUACCAAACCUCAACUUAUAUCCGAUCUUAUGCUGCCAGAACUCGAAAGACAGCUGGCUGAAGACCCUUCACUGUGGCCCAACGUCAAAGGCAAUGAGUUGAAACCGCUGAUUACUGCUGACGAGGAAUUAGCUCGUGGAUCCGCCAAAGGCAAAGUCCGAACCGUGAAAAUUCAGGUGGAGGACAAUGAUCUGCUUAAUUUCAUUACAGGAGGCAUGACGGGCGUCAAAGCUUACAUGACGGGCAAGAUCAAAGUCCGCGGCGAUCUCAUUCUUGCCCAACGUCUUGAAGAAGUGUUUGAAAAGGCCGGAGGAAGAGAUCGUGCUCUAGAGUUCAUUAAAAAGAACGAGGAAGUCCUGGCAUUGGCCCAAAAAUCGAAAUUGUAA